UCACGGUUCGAGUUUCUGUAGCUGCAGAACGUAUCCUCCUUUUAGGAUCAUUUGAUCGUAGCAUCGUAAUCUCUCUCGAUCUGUCAGCAGUGCGAAACACCCGCAUCGUACUGUAGAAGCAUUUUCACUCCAAGCAAUGCUGGAGUUCUCACAUUCAGCAUUUAUCUGCGCGUGGAACGCCAUCGUCAUUCUCGCUAGAGCUUCCCGUUCCCUACCACACUGCAUCCGACGUUCGCAGAUCUAGCAAAUUCCGUAUCAUUCUCGAGCUUCCGGAGCUGAAACCCCUUUCUGUUAUGGCAGCGUAGCAGCGUACUACCGUGCCUCGUUGUUGGCUCGGAUGCAUCGCAUCGCGAAGCGUCGCGUCGAAUGCAGCGCGAAGCGUCGCGGCAAUGCUGCAGCUCCCGUCCCCGUAACGUUGUGCUACACAGUGCCAGCUCGUGACGUGUCGGUCGGAGAUUGAGUGCUUCGAUCGAGUCGUGGUGUGCGUUGAAUGGACUCGAAACGUUCUGCUCCGAGCCGGAGCAAACGAACGAGCCUCCGCGGGCCGCCUGGAGGGGACGACCGCCACAGUCACUGUGGUGUCGACGAUCAGCGAUCGACGAUGGACGACCGACGGUCGAUAAUCGAUGGAGGAAGGAAGGACGGUCGAGACGCCAGUUGACGGUGGAUGCGAAGGAGGGCAGGAAGCUUCCGAAAGUCCUAACGGACUCCGAGCUUCGCAACAGUCAUGGUGCUAGUACUAAGCACGCAGAGCUUAGCGGUCCGGCCCACCCUACGGCCUGCAAACCUCUCUCCAGUGGUCCACCUUAAGGCCUGGCGCUGCGUGCUUACUAAGCACUACUAGUAGUACUAGUACUAGUACUUCGUCAACAAGUUAUUUUCCAUAUGAGUACUACUCGUAGUUCUCUACCAUCCCAUCCGUGCUAGCAGCACUCCGAGCACUCCGAGCUCUCCGAGCACUCCAAGCACUACUACCACUGAGACUCUUGGUGCUCUCUUCAACAGCCAUCACUUCCCCUGCUCUCCGCCGCGCUGCUCAGUCACACACCUUCAUUACUAUCACAUUUCGAGAACAAUCCCACCUAACGUAACCCUUUCACACCAUGGCGUGCCAUCGCUCCCUUCAAUCCCCAGCGGCAACAACGGCUGCAGUCCCUCAAACUACGAACUUUUCACCUUCAGAGCCUCUCUAUCGGUAUCCCUCACUCCCACUGGACGGUGAGCCAUUUCCGCCUUUGCGUCACGUGCUCACUGGCUGCUCCGCGCGAGCACGUGCCGCCACACAUCACUAUGUUUGCGCCACACCCAGUGCUGCCCCGCCCGCCCGCCGCCGUGCCUUUUCCGCCACGGAGUGCGGGCGGCUCCUGUUCCCCUCGCCUCCCCGUGCAGACAAACCCGCCACCUGUGGUUUCCGCUGCCGCCGCCACCAACUCGCUGCUCUGUCCAUGAAACCCCCCUCCGAUGUCCGCCCUUCCGCUGUGGAGGCCGAUACAGCACAACGUGCGAGCUCCAGACCUGGGGGCUCAUCUCAAAACUAGAAUUUUAAUGAAUGAUAGAGUUAGAG